AAGUGGGUGUAAGGGCGUGGAUGGCAGGCGUGGAGGUCUUACGUGGUUGUGAUGGGAGGCUGCUGGCUGCACGCCCACUGAGUCGUCAACUAUGCUCUGCUACCUUCAUACAGACGACAACCACUUCGCAGACGCUCACACCGCCACCACACGCAGAUGACCUACUCAAAGGACCUGCUGUUGCCACCUCUAGGAACUGAGUACCGCUAGUGUAGGGGAUCAGUAGUUGCUCCUGUUAGUGGUAAGGGGCUAAGUUGUGUGUGAGUAGAUAAAGAACACGCUUAGUCACCGUCUCUGUUAACACACGUGACCUUGUGACCCUCCAAGAGACACAUUGUUACACUCAGCGGGUCACGUCAGAGUCAUAAGAAAAAAGUUGCAGUUGAGGACGUGUGAGUGUCGGAGACCUGUAUCAUGAGGAGCCUGUGGGACCUGUGUUGUUAUGUUAGUUGUUCUUAUAAAGUUGUAAUACUUAAACGGACACAUGACUGAAGGAUACCUUUUAGCGUAGACUUGGAAGAACAACUCUUGCAGGCGUAAGCGUGUAAGGAGACCCCAACCGGCGAAGUAGAGUGAUUAGUAAGCUCUCGGGGCCGCCUUUCAUCAUGUUUAACUCAAGUGACAUUGUGUCUUAGAUAUAAAUCCACUGAGACGUGAGUGAGUGAGCGGGUAGCAGACGGCCUCCAUCAUGACCAACACCCACAGCCUGGUGUCGGGAGUGUAAGUGUGUGAGUCAGUGUGUGGGACGUCGCUCUGGCUAACACGACGAUGACCAACUUGUCCUUCUCGACUGUGGAGGAGUGGCUGGACAAACAUCCGGACCUUGCCGCCGACUACUUUGUGAGGAAGGCGGAGUUGGACGCCGUUAACAAGUGGCUGGUGGCCCACGGCUUCCUGACGGUGACACAGGGUUCCUCCAGCAGGCGAGGAUCUGCCAGUCUCUCCUGCAGCCCCAUCGUCAGCCCUUCCUCUCCCAUAGACAAAAUCUCAGACUCGCCCUUCAACGAUAACGACUCCAAGACUCGGCGGACCAACUCCAAGAAGUACCUCCGCCACAACUUCGCCAAGUGCAAGAGCAAGUCGGUCUUCAGGACGUACGAGCCCUCGGCGGCGUCCGCGGCCGCAGAGGCACGUAGGAGUAGCUUCAGAGGGGCGAUGAGGAAGUACAGCUCCCUACCUCCCUCAUCCAACUACAUGCUCUGCCUUCUGAUCGAGUCAAAAGUGAGGCUGCCCAGGUUUCAGAGCAUCACCCUCGAUCGUAAGAAGCAGCUCAGGUCACAAGACGAGAAGGACUUUUUUCUAGACAUCGUGAAGGACAUCGCUAAUGACCUAGACCUGGAGGGACUCACACACAAGAUCAUCGUGAAUCUAAGUCUCCUGCUGUGUGCUGACGGUGCCUCGCUCUUCAUCGUCCAGAACACCAGCGCCGGCAAGAAGGUCCUUGUGUCAAAGGUGUUCGAUGUACACAGUGGUACCAACAUUUACCCGGCCACUACAGAGGACAAUGCCAUGGAGGUCCCUUGGGGUAAAGGCAUCCUGGGACACGUGGCUGAGACUGGCGACACUGUCAACCUCGAGUACGCGUGUGAGGACCCCCGCUAUAACGACGAGGUGGACAGGAUCACAGGAUACCACACGGGGUCUCUGCUGUGCAUGCCCGUCAAGAACUCCUACGACGAGAUUAUUGCCGUGGCUCAGGUAGUCAACAAGAGCGUUGACGAUGGCUCCUAUGGGUGUUUCACUGCUAAAGACGAGAAGAUGUUUGAGACAUACCUUCAAUUCGUCGGUAUCGCUAUCACCAACGCUCAGCUGAUGGAAGCCUCACAACAGGAAUACGAGAGAAACAGGAGCCUGCUGGAGGUGGUACACGACCUAUUCGAGGAGCAGACCUCGCUGGAGAACGUCGUCCUCAAGACACUACAGCGAGCACAACGUCUUCUCAAGUGUGAACGAGCCGCUGUCAUGCUCCUAGAGGAUGGUACUGAGGAGGAGGACAAUAACAAAGUGGUGGUGCAGCGAGCCAUGACAGGAGGUCGAGGGGGCGCCUCCCGCACCACAGUAAACAAAGUGACCUCCAGGGCGGCCCCAGUGCGUGUCAUCAAGCACAGAGACUGUAGGAUACCUCCGCCGCCGCCGCCUCCGCCAUCUAGAGCUUCCCUGGAGUCAGACGACCUACCCUCUAGUGAGUCGGUGGCGGGAGUGCAGGAGGAGGUAGUGGUGUCACCAAGCAGGGGAGCAGUAGAGCUGUGCAGCAGAGCCCUGGGGACAUCGUGUCUCUCCCCUCCUAACACGGCAGCAGCAGGCAAGAAACAGAAUGUUAAGUUUUCCAAGAUAUUUGAGUUGAAUUGUCCUGUCUCCGGCCAGUCCACCAACAACGCUAAGGAGGUUGGGUCGAGUGACAUAGCCAAACACCUCCUGCACCUGGCGGAACAAGUGGCCUCUACGGGCGAGAACAUGAACAUAGCGGACAGCAUCGAAGUGGAAAAGGGCAGCGCUGGUAACGUUCGCUCUAUGCUCGCUAUGCCCAUACGAAACAGGAACUUCCAGAUCAUUGGUGUGGCCAAGAUCAUCAACAAACUCAAUGGUCAACCCUUCGAUGAAAACGAUGAGCAGCUAUUUGAGGCGUUCACCAUCUUCUGUGGUCUGGGGAUCAACAACACCCUCAUGUACAACGAGCUGGAGAAGGCCAUGGCCAGGCAAAAGGUGGCCAUCGAGGUGAGGCUCACAGUGAUGCGUCUCAAGAGGUUUCUCAAUAGCCGAGAGAGAAACAAUCCCGGAAGCUGUUAUUGGAACCUCGGGUCUCUUACCUUCGACGAUUUCUCACUCACUCAAGAUCAGAUGAUGUUGGCUGCUGUCAGGAUGUUCUCAGACCUCGGCCUUACCUCCAACGAGAUUCCAAAACACUUAUCACCUCACGCCUUCAACGUCGCCCACAAUAUGUUCUGUUUAUUGAAGUCCUGCGGCAUGAUAGCCAUGUUUGAAGAGGUGGACUGCCUAGGCAUGUUUGUGGGGUGCCUCUGUCAUGACCUAGAUCACCGUGGCACCAACAACUCGUUCCAGGAGAAGACGGGGUCGGCACUAGCACUGUUGUAUGGCACUCAGAACACAAUGGAGCAACAUCACUUCAACCACGCUGUCAUGAUACUAAACUCUGAGGGGCACAAUAUCUUCAGUAACUUGUCGUCCAGUCAAUACUCCCGGGUGAUGAAUAUCCUCAAACUCUCCAUCCUGGCGACUGAUCUUACUGUUUAUUUCCAGAUACGCACACAGUUCUUCUCGCUGGUGAGUGAUGGUGACCUUGAUGCCAGCCUUAAGGAACACAGGGACCUCUUACGUUCCCUCCUAAUGACGGCUUGUGACAUCGCCGCCUCCACCAAGCCCUGGGAUAUCCAGUUCAAGGUGGCCAAGCUGGUGACAUCUGAGUUCUUCGACCAGGGAGACCUAGAGAAGACCAAACUGAAGAUCACCCCGCCAGCCCUCAUGGACCGGGACCGUAAACAUGAGUUACCUCUCCUGCAGAUGCGCUGGAUUAAAGACAUCUGCCUCCCACUCUUCGAGGGACUGACGAAGGUGAACCCGAAGAUAGAACCUAUGAGAGACGGGGCCCUCAAGAACAUGACCAAAUGGGCCAAGAUGGCGGAUUCGUUGGAGAAUGGCAACUCGGAGAUCCUAGACCCUCCAGACAUCCCACCUCGGGUACCCGAUGGAUAGUCCACGUUGAGCUGCUGGAAGAACCAAGUCUGCUGUCUGCUGUGAAGUGCCGAGGGGGGGAGACUUGCUUUAGAGAGAAACGUUCUUGUAGGGUUGCCUCUUGGUGGAGUGUUACUAGCCAAGUCCAGGCUAUUUUAUCAGUGGUGUUGUGAGCCUCCGACACACCCUUAAGACGAUGACAGGUUUAUUUCCCUCACCAAAAUCUCUUAAAGUCUUGGAUCAUAUUUCAACAUAAAUUACAACAUACAGUACAUUAGGUCAUUGAAAUAAGAAAACUGUCGAAUAUUCUAGAUCGUCUCGCAGCAAAACCUGUCGAAUAACCUUGUUCAUUAUGGCAAUGUUUCAGCGAGCAACACUGUGGGAAUAAACGGGUCACCCAUAAGUUGUAUAGUCAUGGCGGCUGUGUCGAAGGCCACACCACACUACUGGAGGGAGGUUGAGGUAGCCUUAGUGUCUCAUGAACGGUGUACACAGUAGGUCACCAGUGUUGUUAGUCACCAACUGCCCUCACUACUCGGGUGUUGUGGUGAGCUGACUCCACUCUACUGUACGCUGGUGACUUAGAGUUUCCCUACAAGUAGACCAGAAGGUCGAGUGUGAUGAUGUAAUGGUCGAUCCCCUCAUUGGUCAUGGUAGACUACAUGCUUGGUUCCUCCGCGACCUGUUGGCCCCUGGAGGUCAGGGGUCGCUACGCAAAGCUCAACAAAGUGAUAAGCCACACUGGUUUAAGCCCAGUGACCAACCUGACGAAAGAAACCUAACCUAACCUAACCUGUCCUGACGAAGAAAUUGAAUCUACUCUGACCUAAUCUAUCCUAACCUAAUCUAACCUAACCUAAUCUAACCUAACCUAUCCUAUUAACCUAAUCUAACCUAACCUAACAUAAGGUAGAAACCUAACCUAACCUAUUAACCUAACCUGUCAUGACGUAGAAACCUAACCUAACCUAUUCGAUACUUGCCAACUAAUUAAAAAACGAAUUUGUUACCAGAUUUUAAUAUUUUAUUGUAAGAAAUUCGAGAUAGAUGAACUUAUCUCUGAGGGAGAGAAUGAGUGUUGAGCUGCUGCACUGGUCAUCAGGUCACUCUUAAAGUCUGUGUUAUGUAAUGUGAGUCAAUAUUUUUCUGUUCGUUUUCACUUGAAUCUGAAAAAAAACAAAAUGAGUGGCCAUGAUGCUUAAUAUCUACACCUAGUUUUUUGUUUUGUUAAUAGAUAAGUAAACUCUAUUCCUUCCUGUUCAUGAAGAGUAAAGUUUAUUCCCUCAGAUAUUCACUAUAUUGUAUUCCCUAAGUAAAGCCAACCUCCCUUCGUGGCUUUCCUUACUUCUCAAAACAUUGAUCUUUCUCGUCUUGAGUUUCCUAUUUUUUACGUGACAUAAUCAACCAUAGAGCCUGUGACAUCAGAUAUUACCAGGGCGUUUAAAGGAAAUGAAUUUGGUAUGAGGAAGCUAUUCACGAGUGUCGACAGUGUAACGUAUUAACCAAUCACACGCCUCCAUGGCCCUGACAACAUUGCUGCAGGAAGCUUUAUAGUGAUAGCUUGGUCAUGACGUCAGAUCCAUGGAGAUGUGUGAUUGGUUAUAAUGUCAGAGCCAUAGAAACUUUUGAUUGUUAUGACGUCAGAACCAUGGAGCCGUGUGAUUGGUUAUGACGUCAAAGCCUAAGAGACAAGUGAUUGGUUAUGACGUCAGAGCCAUGGAGACGAGUGAUUGGCUAUGGCGUCUGAACCAUAGAGACGUGUGAUUGGUAGUGAUAACAGACCCGUAGAGACGAGUGAUUGGUUAUGAUAUCAGAGCCAUGGAUGUGUAUGAUUUAUUAUGACGUCAGAGAUAUAGAGGCGUUUGAUUGGCCCCAGCUUCAUUACCAUGGAGACAUGCGAUUGGUUAUAACAUCAAAGCCACGGGGUGCAUGAUUAGUUGUGACAUCUGCAUCAUUGGAAUGAUUAGUUAACUAUGAUAAGGGUACAGGGGACGUGUGAUUGGUUGUGACAUCAGAGCUUUAAAGAUGUGUGACUGGCUAUGACGUCAGAUUCAUGGGGACGUGCAAUUGAUUUUGACGUCAAAGCCAAGGGGUACAGGAUUAGUUAUGACGUCAGAGCCAUGGGGCUGCGUGAUUGAUUAGGACAUAAGAGCCAUGGGGCUUUGUGAUUGUUAUGACGUCAAUACCUUGGAGACGUGUGAAUGGCUAUGACGUCAAACCCAUGGGGGUGCGCGACUGGUUAUGACGUCAGAACCAUCGAGUGUUAUCAUUGGUUAAAGCAGUGUAAGGGGUGGCCAUGACCGAGUGGGUACACCGCUCGGUCAUGCCCAAGGAGUAGAUGUUUAUGACCGGAGCAGCAACAGUCUGUCUUGCUGCGAGGUAAAGACAUGUAAUCAAAUACUGUAAUGAAGUAAAUAGCUUUGAUGUUCAGUAUUAGUUUUAUCUUGAGAGUUUCAGCUAAAUGAUCCCAUAGGUUCAUCUUCCAGGUUGGUUUACAUGUAGUCAGGAUGGUUAGUACCUUCACCUCCCAACAGCCUCCAUAAGUUUAGUGUCGAGCAAAAACUGUGUCUCAUCCACUACACAGCACUGCUCGACACAGUCCUCCUCCUCCUGCUGUGUGCUGCUCUGUGUUCUAAUGUGCGGUGCUGUGUCGCCUCGGCCUACCUGUACAGUUGGGUGUGUGAAGGCAGUCGAGUGCAGUACUGGCCCUUCUACUUCCUGGGCUGUAGCCACACCGCCACUAACUGUCCACUUUCGUGAUUUGCCAACUGAUGCCAAAUAAUAAUUUACUCCACUUUUAUAUUACAAUUUGUUACUAUUUAUAAUUAUGUGAAUAAUAACCCUGAAUGCUAUAAUAUCUCGGGAGAAUUUAUGCAUAUUAUAUGAACCAAGUGAAGUGUAGUUUUAUAUGAAAUGUUUUAGAAGUUCUGACUUUCACAACGUUUCUCAAGUCAACUUUUUUCUAUAGUUUAUAGGGAAACAUUCAGUCAAUAAAGUCUUUAGUAAUAUGUUAAUGAGAACAAGUGUGUGUGUGUGUGUGUGUGUGUGUGUGUGUGUGUGUGUGCACCUCUUUCAGGCAGACAUAGGCUUUACCAAGGACUUCACUAGGACUUGCUUUAUGUAACGGAGGUCCUGAGGAUGUCACACACACACACACACACACACACAGCGUACUAAAGUAAAAUAUGUAGGUAAAAUAAUAUGAAUAGAGUGUGAAGGUAUUGUAGCAUUCAUUAUUUUGAUGGUGUCUCUCUCUCUCUCUCUCUCUCUCUCUCUCUCUCUCUCUCUCUCUCUCUCUCUCUCUCUCUCUGGGAAUCAUCAUAAUCAUCCGUUAUAAACUAUCUUUGUAAGGUAGUUCCAAGUAUCGUUAUUAUUGUUCGCCAUUCCUCUCUGUACUCGUAUACUGACGAGAGUCCUUCCCUAACUGGAUGUGUGCCCAAGGUACUCUUAACUCACGAGUACGUAAACAAACUUGAAGUCUUCAUAAAAGUAGGAGGUUUAUAAGAAGUAAGUUUACGGCUAACUACGGUAGUAUAGGUAGUGUACUGUAGUAUAUAAGCAGUGUUUUGUAAAGACUUUGUAUUCGUCUGUAGGUCAGAUAAUGAAUAAUUUUAAGUUCAUUUAAUUAUACAAAGAAUUAUAAGAACUCCUUAAGAAUUUCUCCUUGAUAAUAUAUUCUGUAAUAGCAUUUUUAAUUCCAUAUAUUAAACUAUAUUACUUGAGAGAGAAUCCUGUUGGUGUACUGUGAAAGGUAAAGUGGAGCUUUGUGAAGUUUAAGUAAAGCUUUGUGUGAUGAUGACGUCAGGGACAUGAAGUUAUGACGCCGGAGUUGUGUGAUUGGUUGUGACGUCAGAGCUGUGGAGGCCUAUUAACAGAGGUAAACCGGUCAGGUCUUUAAGCUCCGCCAUAUAGAAGAAUAUUUUCUUUCUCCUUUGUCCUCUUGAUGUGUGCCAAUAUAAUUAUACUAUUCCCUGGUGACAGCGAAUUUUGCUUCUGCAGCUGCCGCUGCUGCUGCUGUUACUGCUGUUUUUGCCGCCGCUGCUGCACACUUUAACUCUCAGAGUGCCAAAAGCUCUCACCACCACCAUUACUGGCACUACCAUUCUCGUCCCUGGCAUAAUGCCUACACAGUAUCACACUGUCCUCUACCGCGCUCCACACAACAGGACACCGCCGCCAGAGAAGACGUCACUCCCCUGCUGAUGUCAUCUGCCUCAGAUAUAUAAGCCAGUUAUAGGAAAGUUUAAGGGUAAAAUGAGUGAGUUUAGACAAAAUGUGAUGUAUAUAGGAAGAGCAAUUAAGAUCGCAUUUAAUCUACCGCCCUGUGAGGUGCAGCGCUGGCUGGUGAGGCCCUACUACCAUCCUCCAUAUUGGAUUCUCUUAAAGGUUUAGAGUCAAGAUUCACCAGGACUCUGUACGCUAUUGUUCCCCUACCUAGUGCUGAGUUAACUUAUCUAGUUAAGUUAGUCUCAGUGCCGUUCUCAUGCUGUUUUUUGUAUCUUAGUUCAAGUUAUGCUGUUAGUUGUGUUCUUACAUUUUCACAAUCAAGGAAACCUUUUAGUAUUAUGGCUCAGCACCUGCCAUCGUCUGUGCUCCAGAUUCUCAAGGAAUAUGCCGAGAAUUUUUCCAUGAUAUCUUAGUCAUACGAGGAAAGAUCUUAUGGUAAAGUGUCAGUGAAAUAAUUUGUCUCUAUUCCUGUGUUGCUGUUGAAGUGAACCAGUUAAGUACGUUUGCCAUUUGCACUUAGGGAAAAGGUUUAAAGUAAGAUUUCUUAAUAAUCCGUCACUUCAGAUAACCGUAUAGAAAUAUUCUCACGUCUUCAGUCAAGGGGGAAAAGAUUUACGUACGAACUUUACAGAAUUUUUUGGGCACUGGUGGACGAUGCUCUGGGACUCCAUCUUUAUGUAGUUUCUUAACCGAGCCAGUUGGACGCGGUCUCUCAUCUCCAACUUGAAGGGAAAAUCUGAUGUGAGAAUGUCUUGGAAUUCGAGUUUCUAAGUUAAGUGCGUAGACCUCGGACGAAACGGACCUUUAAACUAACCUUGUUUAGGGGUCAGCCAAGGUUGUUAGGCCACCAUUGUUACUCUGAUUACAGUCUUUUUCUACGCUUCCCCCGUGGUGUCUCCCCCUUCGAUAUUUUAACACAGUCGUAACAUAUCACAAAGAAGCGUCUGUGGGAGGUGGACAGGCACACGUGACAUCCUCUCCUGCAGGCACGUUUGGCUCCUGCCUUAAGAACAGCGCCAGCACGAGCAAUCAACAUGUCCUGGCGUUCUUUCCUCUCCACCCUAACAGUGAUGAGAUUGUGUAACUUACGCCAGACGAACUCUUAAGAAAAAAAGUGGAUUAUAGCGCCAGUACAAGGAGUCUUUAGUGCCUGACGAGUGUCACUCAGGUGAAAGAAGCUACGCCAGACAAGUGUGUGUGGUUUCUGCCUGCACUGGCGCUCUUUUUAUGGCAUGAGUAUUUGUUCAGUGAGUGUUUGGCCUUCACUACAAAAGAUAACUAACCCAAAGUUCAAGUCAAUUGGGGGUUAUUGGCCUUUAUCGGAGUCCUGGUGUCGCGGCGCAAAGUUCCUCAAGGAAGUUCUGUCUUAGUGAGGUGUGUG